GCAAAAUCACUUGCUUCGGUAUUCAAUAUGGCAACUUAAACAUCACACACCCAAUUCCAAUUCCAUUUCGUGAUUAAAACGGGCGCGCGCAUUUAGCUAGGGAACAUUUAGUCCGGGCGGUACAAGAAGGGGAUCUCCAAGAUGCCCUCCCGCAUCACAGACCUCUUCUCCUCGGGGUACCCCCCGCUCACCUCGCGCUCCCCGCUCCCACCACAUCAACUCCCAGCCGCCUACGCGGCCGUAGUCCUAGGCUACUUCCUCGGGCCCGGCGCCCUCCAAACCCUCGGCGUCACAUGCGUGCUCCUUUACUUCGGCCUCCUGCGGCCGUUCUUCACCACCGGCGACGUCGUGACCGACUACACCAUGUCGAGCUCCUUCUUCGUCCUGUGGAUCUCGUACCUGGACCACCGUGGCUCGAAAAGUGCCGGCGGCCCGCGCUACACGGGGAACCCGGAUAAGCCGCUGCCGCCGAACGGCGGGGACGCGAUGACGCGGGCCCAGAAGCUGAGGUGGGCGGUGAGGCUGGCGAGCACGCCGCGCGGCAUCGGCUGGGACUGGCGCGUGAAGAACGUGCCGCCGCAUCCGGGGGCGGACCUGGCUCCGCUGUCGUUCGUCUGGACGCAGGUCGUCGAGGUGGCCUGGCGCACGGCGCUGAAAGCCGCUGCGGUGUACGUCAUCGGGUUCUGCAAGGUGGUCCAGCUGUCGACGACGACGUCGGCGAUGGGUGGCUGGCUCCUCGACGCGACGGUGGCGUGGUGCGGCGCGGUCUGGAGCUGGAAUACGAUCGGGUCGUCGAACGCGGCGGGUGCUGCUAUCACUGUGUUGCUUGGGAUCUGCGAGUCGUGGGAGUGGCCGCCUGUGCUCGGCGCGCUGGGAGAUGCGUGGAGUGUGAGGCAGGUGUGGAGUACUUCGUAUCAUCAGAUCAUGCGAAGACCCUUCCAAACCCCUGGACUCCGCCUCGCACGCUUCCUCGGACUGAAGAAAGGCACGUUCGGCUCGCGCUACUUGCAGCUCUACUCCGCCUUCUUUGUCAGUUUCUGCACGCACUGGUUUCAGUCAUUUGUCGUCUCGCGCCACGACAACGGCGAGCUCGCCUUCUUCAUGCUGCAGCCCGUGAUCAUCAGCGUAGAGGACUUCCUACAGUGGAUUUGGCGCAAGUCCAUAGACCCGAAACGGAAGAAGGACCUCACCCGGUUGGAGACCGUGGUAGGCUACGUCUGGACGAUCGCGGCCUUUACCUUCACAUUGCAACCUGUUAUGAGAGGCUGGACUGAUAUUGGUCUAAUUGGGGGAGGUGGUCCAGACGAGAAGGCAGCUCUUCUCUUAGGGCAUCAGCAUGGCAUGGCAUACUUUCAAGGGUGGUGAUGUGUACUUGGUCAUAUGUAAAUGUUGAAUCAGGAGUCAGACCACUUGUAUAUGUGGUGUAAGGCAGGACGCUUAGGGGAAAGGAGACUAGAUACAAGUACAACUAGAAACAGAGUAGAGCUAUCGCCAGCUUGGACUGACGUUGAAUGAUCUACGCUACUUGGUAGGGAUUAGGGGAUAGAGUUGAGGCGAGCUAAUAGACUCUCAGACUCUGCACUAGGACAUCUAGUGUCCAAUAACGGUAUCCACUCUGCCACUACUCGAACCCUUUACCAAACGCCCAAUUACGUCAUUGAUCUGGCGUCGGGAUGCUUUACUUACAAGAGAUAGUCUGGUUCACGAUAGUUGCAGGAA